CUGAGCGCGAGAGCGACCAUUCGCGGGUGGAGGCUGAGAGAAAUUUAAAUCCCCCGGGUUGCGGUCGACACGCAAAAAGGCGAAAAAAAUCACGGUUGUUUCUUUCUUUUUUGUUCAGCACGCAGUUUUGACGGUGUAAAUGUGCGGUCGGUAGGGCGAGAGUGUUGAAGGUUUUGAGGGUUUUUCCGCCAUGGUGGUCGGGAAGCGGUUCCUGUGCGUGAGCGGUGAGGAGCUGCUGGAUCCCGCGCACAUCGCGCGCUGGUCAUGGCGAGCCGGAGUCAUCCGAGCCGUCAGUCACCGCGACCACGACAAUCCUGAGCUGACGGUAUACGUGGAGUUCGAUGACCUUGAGUGGGAGAAGCGCGAGUGGGUCAAGGUGUACGAAGACUUCCAGAUCUUUCUGUUGGAGCAUCAGCUGGUUUGGGCCAAAAUGAAGGGCGAUGCCCAGCUGCAGGGAACAAAAACCAAGCAGAUCCAGUGGCCAGCCCUGACGUUCAAGCCUCUGGUGGGGAAGACUGUGCUUGGAUCCACCACCGCCAUUGAGUUCUUCUCUGACAGACAGCUGGACUUCCUGACAGAUGAAAGGGCCUAUCAGCCCUAUCAGGAUGAGUUGGACAGUUUAAGUCCUGUUCUCAGGGACUGUCCACAGCUCCAUGAGGAAGUGAAAGCCUGGGUGAAAGACCAAAAGGUUCAGGAAAUUUUUAUGAAAGGUCCCUAUUCUUUGAAUGGCUACCGUGUACGAGUUUACAGGCAGGACUCAGCCACCCAGUGGUUUACGGGCAUCAUCACCCACCACGAUCUCUUCAGCCGCACUAUGGUUGUCAUGAAUGACCAGGUACUAGAGCCACAGAACGUUGACCCAUCCAUGGUACAGAUGACUUUUCUGGAUGAUGUGGUACAUUCUUUAUUGAAAGGAGAGGACAUCGGUAUCACGUCACGACGCAGGUCUCGGUCUAGCCAGAACAGCAACACUGCCCAUCAGACCACAGGAGGGAGACCAAGCGGCACCACAGGAAGCACUCAGGGUCAUUACACACGCGCACAGGCUAACAGUCCCAGACCUGUGAUGAAUUUGUCUGGCUCCGCCCCCAAACAGGCCUCUCAGGCCCAGCAGCAGCAGUCCCAGCAUGCUCAACAGCAGGUAUCCCAGCAACAACACCAGCAACAGCAGCAGCUGCAGUCACCAGGUCAACAGCGUGGCUCACGAUCCUCACGUCGAAAAGGCUCCGACAGCAGUGUUCCAGAUGAUGAGAAGGUCAAAGAGGAAAAAACGGACAGUGGAGGAAAAGAUUCCUCUAAAAACAAAAGCAAGCAGACAAGCAAGCGGAGGAAAGCAGAUGAAGAGGACAAGAAGGGCAGUCUGAAACGGCUCAAAACAGAGGCGUCUGACCUCUCGGAGAGCAGCGACUCGGAGAACUCCAACAAGCGGAGCGUAGACUCCUCUUCAGAGCAUAGUUCUGAGAAUGAGCUGAAAUGCAAGAGCACUUCAAAAGUUCCAGAAGAGGAAGACAAGUCACCAAUAUCCAAACCAGUGGACGAGUUGAGUGUAAUCAACAGGUUGUCCCCCUGGGAGGAGAUACAGGAUAAAAGUGCCAAGCCAGUGGCCGUGGAGGUUCUUCAGCUGGCGGAAAGUGAGCGGCCAGCAGAGAGGAGGUCUCCAGGGGAAAGGAGAUCUCCACUGCCUUCUCCAGCCUCCUCUUGCACCCAAAACCAAGGCUUGGGACCAGCCGAGGUCCAAAGCUGCAUUGUUGAGAUGAAAAGCACUGUGAAAACCCUCCUCAAGGACCAUUACAUUACAGGGACACCUCGGACGCGCACACCCAAGUGCGUGAUUGAUAUCACAGAGGACACCAACAUGCCACCCAGUUCCAGAGAGAGCUCAGAGGCCUUAUCGGCCCUGCUGGCAUCGCAGAAUUGUGAACCCUACGUUACUGAGUCCAGACAUUUGGUGCUAAACGCCUCCCACUCAGAGUACAGGAGGCCGGAUGGUGAGCAGCACCAGAACUCUCGCAGCAUGGGGGGCAGAAUCGAAUUCGCCCACUCGGAGGUCAUACGGCCAGUGACAACGGUGAGUGAGUUGGCAGCCGUGGGUGAAAGAGGCAAGCUCCAACAGCACUAUACAUCUAUGGUUAUUAAAAAUGCCUCGGUAAACGAGGACAUCAGGAAAACUCAUAAACUCAGUCCUUCCCCUGACCUGCUCAAACCCAAGUCUAACUCAUCCUUGGACAUCCUCAAGCCCAUGUGCAAUCCCUCAUCUGACAUAAUAAAAUCCAAAACUCAGAGCAUUCAUGAGUCCUCCAAGCCCAAACCAAAUACGUCCCCUGAGGUGUCCAAACACAAACCGCAGCACUCUGAAAACCAGCCUACAAUAGGCCGUUUAGUACUCAAACCCGAGCCGGACGUACCUCGCUCCAGUUUUAAGCCUGUGCCGGCCCGCGGGACGCUGUCCGAAUCCACAAAAAGCCCGCUUGUCAUUGACAAAAACGAGCAUUUUACAGUGUACCGGGAUCCUGCUUUAGUGCGUUCUGAAUCAGAGAACAACCACGUGGCUUACUUGCACCCGCACCUGCAUCCGCUCCAUGGUUCUUCUCACGCAACGUGUCUUAAGCCCAGCACGCACCAUCCACCCCACCUCCUCCCUUCUUCCUCCAUCAGCCAUUCAGUGCACCACCCACUACUGCCCACCGUUCUGCCCACCAUUCCAACAACCUCGCUUCUGGGCGGCCAUCCCCGGCUGGACUCUGCUGGGCUCGGGCAUCUAUCCCUGGCCCACCACCAUCCCCACCAGCAGCAGCAGUUUCUACAGCAGCAGCCGCCCCCUCCCCUGCUGGCCCAGACGCAUGGAGGCGCCUCGUACAACCAACUCGGCCUCUACCCCAUCAUCUGGCAAUACCCCAAUGGUACCCACUCCUAUCCGCCAGGCUACAAGUGGGUCCAUCCGGAGAAUACGGUCAAUUCAGACACCAACCUACGGAGGAAUGCCCCCAGCCCCUGGUUGCACCAGCCCACCCCUGUAACCUCAACAGACAGCAUGGGGAUUUUUAGCCAUGUCUCGUGCAGACCCGCAAGCGCUGAGCCUUAUCAACCCAUCAAGAUCAGCUCACACUCCAGCCCACCGCUCUCCAAAACCCCCGGAGAACUCCACAAAGAAGAACGGGAGAAGAAUGUGUUUGGGGAUCCAAUGCGUAGCCUGGCCACUGCCCACCUGAAGCAAGAGCCAGAUCGCAGCCGGACGCCCACCAGCAAAGAGCUGCACCGUCUCUACAUGGAAUCCCCCCACAGCAAGCAGCAACCACCGCGCGUGCCUCAGGAGGGGCCUGACCGCACCAGCAAAUACAAGGAAGAGAACCGGCGCAUACUUCAGGAGAGUAUCGAGGUGGCCCCCUACACCGCCAAGAUCCGCACCGGAGAGUCCGACCGUGAGCCCUACUCUCGUAUUUCCUCCCAGCUAAAAAGCCAUGAGAAAGAGGUGGAGCACUCUGUAGCUGAUCUGUACAAGUACAAACACUCAGUGUCUAAGUCCCUCCCCCAAACCAACUACUUCACCACACUGUCUAAUAGUGUCGUGAACGAGCCGCCUCGACUUUACCCAUCCAAAGAUCCCAAUUCCUACUUUGACAAGGCACCUGCAGUCUCCAGUCCCUUGUCUUUGGGCUCAUACAGUUCCAGUCACACCAAGUCCUUGUCCAAGCCUCCUCCUCUCAUAAAGAACCAGCCAGAAGGAGAGGGACUGGUAGGCAAAAUCACAGAGCAACUCAGUCACCAAGCGCCCAUGCACUCGCUUAGUACCUCAGUGGUGACGGUCAGUGACCACUGCAGCCCUGCCAUCUCUCCCUCCGGUCAGCCCAAGGGCAUGCCAGCCCUGCGUAAAGCACCCAUUUUUCACCCGCCCACCCAGCAGGCUCUUGACCGUAAGGAGGGAGCCUACGGUCGCCUCUCCCCACCCACGCUUACCCCCAUCCAGCCUGUUAGCUCGGCAGGGAAGGUGUCCGAGCAGCAGAAGCCACCCACCCUGAUCCCAGAGCUCAGGGAUGAGAAGAGCGGAGCCGAGCUGGGCUCGGCCGAACCCUGGCGAGCCGGUGGUGAAGCAAAGAUCCACGAUAAAAUGUCUUGGCAUUCUGAGAAUAGCCAAGGGAAGCAACAGGCAGCCAUGGCAUCUGUUAUUGUCCGCCCUUCUACUUGCAAAUACGAUGGCUCACCAGGUCCCAAGAUGAACUCUAAGGAGCCUCUCAGUGGCAGAUUGUUUGCCGGAUGGACUCAGGCAGAAUGCCUGAAGGUGGCGGAUUGCAGGGAAUCUGGUAGUAUGAUCCUGCCAAACACAAAUUUGGAGGGUCCUGGUGAUCAGUACAAGAAAAAUGUUCUUAGAGUGCCACAAGGUAGCAUUCCCUGCACGGUGGUGGCUGUGACCAAUUCCAUGUGCAGUGCUAGGACUAAUGACAACACUGCUGCUAUCAGCGGCACGUUUAGCAUGCAGAGCCAAGGUAGAGCAAAACUUGCGUUCUCCAUCUCUGGCACCAGCAGUAGUAGUAGGAUUGAGAGCUCUGCUUCCAGAAGCCGGACUCCAACUGUUGUUGAGUCACAGGAGGGUGGCUCGAGAACCACCUCGCCCAGUGUGCUGCCUCAGGCCAGCUCUGCUGGCACCACGCAAGCCUACUCAAGAAACUUUGUCCAUCUGAAGAAGGCCAAAGCAGCUCUGGCUGCGGCACAGUCGCAAGGCUCCAGCAGCGCCUCGGAGAGCGAGAGUGGUAGUGUCAGAUCUUCUCAGGACUCGCCCACCAUCGCCCAGGACAAUAUCACGCCCAGCAACCCUGCUAGCAAAGCCAGCCCGUUGCCCAACGGACAGCCAGCACAAGUGUGCCAGCCUAACUACCACAAGCUCAAGAAAGCCUGGCUCACGCGACACUCAGAGGAGGACAGAAAUACAAACAAACCCGAAAAAGGCACAAAUGCCAUUUCUGAGCUAAUUAAGCCAUGCACCGUCAGCCUGAUCGCCCCUGCAUCUAGUGAUGUGGACAUGUGCGAGGACAACAAAGCGCAAGAGGACAAGCUGUCACAGGAUGACAGAAAGACACGCCGUGGCCCCAAGCGUCACUACGAAUCGGGCUCUGAGAGUGGCGAUGACUCGGACUCUAGCGAGAGCAAACUGGAACAAAGGACUAAACGGCAACCCAAGCCAACAUACAAAAAGAAGCAAAAUGACAUGCAGAAACGGAAGGGAGACAAUGAGAAGGAUGAGGAUGAUAUGAAGCCAAAUGGUAUUUUCCGGAGUGCCAAGGAAAAAGCUAAACUUAAGCUGGCCAGUCCCAAUGGCAUUCCCCGUUCAGUGCUGAAGGACUGGAGGAAGGUGAAGAAGCUCAAGCAGACGGGUGAGUCCUUCCUGCAAGAUGAUUCAUGUUCAGAGAUCGGCCCCAACCUGCAGAAGUGCAGGGAGUGCCGCUCCAUCCGUACCAAGAAAGGAGAGGAGCCUGCCCACUCACCUGUCUUCUGCCGAUUCUACCACUUCCGCCGCCUCUCUUACAGCAAGAAUGGAGUGAUCCGGAUUGAUGGCUUCUCCUCACCUGACCAGUAUGAUGAAGAGGCUCUCAGUCUCUGGGCUCCAGAUAGAGUUGAAGAAAACAGUCUGGACCUAGACGCCUCGAAAUAUAUCCUCGGCUACAUCGGUGACAAAUUUUGUCAGCUGGUUAUGACCGAGAACACAGCAGCUACAUGGAUAAAGAAAGAUGCCAAGAUCGCCUGGAAGAGAGCGGUGCGCGGCGUGAGAGAGAGCUGCGAUGCAUGUGAAGCCACAUUGUUUAACAUUCACUGGGUCUGCCAAAAAUGUGGAUUUGUGGUGUGUUUGGACUGUUACAAGGCCAAGGAGAGGAAGAGUUCCAAAGACAAAGAGCUGUAUGCCUGGUUGAAGUGCGUUAAGGGACAGCCGCAUGAUCACAAGCACCUGAUGCCAACGCAGAUCAUUCCAGGAACUGUUCUGACAGACUUGGUGAACGUUAUGCACAUGCUCAGGGAGAAGUAUGCCAUUAAAGCACACUGCUCGUGUGCUGGGAAGCAGAACACAAUCCUCAACAAGCUGCCGUCCACCAAUGGCGUCUCCCAGGUUUUACAGAACAUGCUCAAUCACAGCAACAAGAUCUCUCUGUGUAAGCCUGAGAGCGGUCAGCAGAACUCCUCUCUGAAGGUGGAGGCCAACGGAGGGAGCAGUCCCGCCAGCGACACCAGCACCGACAGCAAGUUCACCCCGCCCGAGUCCCAGUCACCGUUGCACUUCCUGGCUGAUCUGGCUGAGCAGAAGUCCCGCGAGGAAAAAAAGGAGAAUAAAGAAUCUGGUGUAGUGAAGAUGGAGGAGAAGGAGCAGUCAGAAGCUUUAGAGUCUCUGCACAGUAAAGCAUCGUCCCUGGAGCAGGGCUCCACCCUCCGAGACCUCCUCACCACCACUGCAGGCAAACUGCGCCUAGGCUCCACAGAUGCGGGCAUCGCAUUCGCUCCUGUCUACUCCACUGCCUCUCAGAUUGUUAAGAGUGGUCGCAGCAUGCCCAACAUCCUGGAUGACAUCAUCGCCUCUGUGGUAGAGAACAAGAUCCCAGCGGGCCGCGGUACCAAGCUGAACCUGAAGCACGAGCCAGUAGAGGAGCCCAAAGCCGAGAAGAAACCAGUGGAAGAGCUGCCCAAACUGUACGCUGACAUCCCCCACUGCUGGCUGUAUGAGCGCAGGCUGCUCUGGCUCAAAGACCAUCGUAACAGCAACAACUGGAAACUCUUCAGGGAGUGCUGGAAACAAGGACAGCCUGUGCUUGUCUCUGGGGUGCACAAAAAACUCAACGGUAGCCUGUGGAAGGCCGAGUCCUUCAACCAAGAGUUUGCCGACCACCAGGGGGACCUUUUGAACUGCAAGGAUGGAGUAAUGUCCAACUCAGGCGUCAAGGAGUUCUGGGACGGCUUUGAGGAUCUCACGAAGCGUCCUAAGUCUAAAGACGGAGAAACCGUGGUGUAUCGGCUGAAAGACUGGCCAUCUGGGGAGGAGUUUAUGGCUUUGAUGCCUUCCAGGUAUGAUGAUCUCAUGAAGAACCUCCCUAUGCCAGAAUAUUCAGACCCAGAGGGAAACUUCAACCUGGCCUCCCAUCUGCCCUCCUUCUUUGUGCGGCCGGACUUGGGCCCUCGUCUCUGCUGCGCUUAUGGUGUGGCGGCGUCUCAGGAGCAGGAUUUCGGCACCGCUAACCUGCACAUGGAAGUGUCGGAUAUCGUCAGUGUGCUGGUUUACGUAGGAGUGACCAAGGGGAAUGGUGUCCUCUCCAAAACGGGAGUGCUUAAGAGGUUGGAGGAGGAAGAUCUGGAUGACAAUGUGAAGAAAAGAUUAAAGGACUCGAGCGAGACUCCCGGAGCCUUGUGGCACAUCUACACGAGUAAAGACGGCGAGAAGAUUAAAGAGUUUCUGCACAAGGUGGCGAAAGAGCAGGGUGUGGAGAUCCCAGCGGAUCAUGACCCGAUUCGUGAGCCAGGAUGGUACUUGAGCCGCAAGCUGCGUCAGAGGCUGUUGGAUGAACACAGCGUUCAGGGCUGGACUGUGGUGCAGUUUCUGGGAGAUUCAGUCCUGAUCCCCGCUGGAGCCCUGCAUCAGGUGCAGAACCUUCACAGCUGCGUCCAGGUGAUCAAUGACUUUGUCUCUCCGGAGCAUGUGGUGCAUUCGUUUCACUUAACCCAGGAACUGAGAUCCUCCAAAGAGGAAAUCAACUAUGAAGAUAAGCUACAGGUGAAGAACAUCUUCUACCACUGUGUGAAGGAUGCUGUGGGAACUUUAAAGAGGUGCUGUGCAGAGGAGGAAGAGGAGACAAACUCAUGACACACUCUCCCUCGUCAGCCCACGACCGCCCAUCAACACUUUACCCCAAAUAUGCACACUAACGCUCACUUCAUGUACCUCCAGUGCCAAGCAGAGUAGAACACCAGGAAACUGUAUUUAUUUGUUACUUACACCACAGCAGUAUAGCAGCCCAUCAGGACGACUGUGAUUGACACAAACAUAUCUGAAGAUUAUCCGACAGCACCGCUGUCCCGACUAGUAUUUGCUUGUCUGUUUGAUUCUUUUGUUCUUUCAUACUGUAUAAUUUCAGUGGAAUAUUGUAUUUAUUUUUAGGAAUCCUGCGCUCUGUUGGAGAUCAAAUAAAUGUAAAUGUGACUUGUACAGUUUGCUAAUGGAUUUCUGAUGCCGCUCACUACUUUGGAGACUUGGAGUUACUGUGAGAGUGAUCAGCUAUUUCGUGUCCUCAUGCCAUAUCUUUUGAGAAAAAUGAACUGCCAAACAAUUGUAAACAUUGUAAAGUUCUAUUAUGUAAAGAAAGACUUAAAGAAUAACACACUUCAGCAUUUUAUUAAGAAGUAUUCACUGUAAAAUGCAUACAUUUACAAAAAAAAAAGUUGUAAGUUAUUUAAGGAAAUUGUCUAAUUUCUUUCUCCUUUCUAUGUGAAGAUUUACUAUGGAGAACUUUUGAAGUUCAAUGAAAAAAAGGAAAUCGUACUAUGCUGUGUAAAUAUAUACAUAUAUACAUUCACUGAUGUAUUUUUUUAAAACAUGGUUUGCUUCAAUUUCAAAUUUUAAAGCGCAAGUGUUAUAUGCUUUGUACAUUGAAGUUCAAAGGGGUUUUACAUUUUCCAUUAAAAUGGAUUUAUCAAAUAA